GGGUUUCCCAACUCCCUGGCCCGUUUGCCCCGCAAACCCCGCUCAUCACCAUUUGCUCACGACCAACUGCAUUUUCCCUUUUUUUAUUUGGUGACUUUUGACUUGCACACUGCUCCUUCCUUUGUUCAUCAUCAUUGUCAUCCCACACCUGCACUCGGCUACUCCACUGGAUUUCACCUGCAUUUGGCUUUCUGAGAGGCUCCUAUCCCCUGUUAGCUCGAUAGGAAAGAAUUAACUGCGCUGUUGGGGCUAGCUUGUAGAAUUGACCAUUGGCUUUGGUUGACGCUCUCGCGUCCUUUCGAGGUGCUUUUGGCACAUUUCGGUGUCUCUCUUGUGCCCUGCAGGUUUUUGGCCCUGAAAUCCUAGCAUUUACAAUCGUGCACCUCUAUCUUCGCAAAGCUGCCCACAUCAACGAAUAACGCUUCUACUUCAAUCGCCAUGAGCGAACGUUUCAGUCCGGACCAAUUUACAGUGCCGGCGGAGUUCCCCGAGAUUUUAAAGGACCUGAACCGAGAACUCCUUCGGGCACAACCAAAAGACAUAUAUCAGUUUUGUGCCAAUUAUUUCCAUAGGAAGUUGGAGGAGCAGCGCACAAAGCUCAUCAGGCUAGGUACAACGGGAAAUCAAGCGGCUACAGAUGUUUUUGGACCGCAAGGAGCUGGCGGUUACGGCGCGGGAGGUAACCCCAGACAUGAAGUGGAAGAAGUCAAAGCGCCCGAGUCGGAAGAUGAGAAUCAUGAUGACGACUUUGACGAGGAAGAGGAUGACGAUGUUGAGGAGAUCGCUCCCCCGCCGCCUCCGACCAACUACAACCGUGGUCGCCGAACAUCAGUAAGCGCGGAAUCGAUGGCGCCGACUCUUGAUAAGGACUACGUAAAACUAGUGAUUCCAAAGGCUGACGAGCAAAAACAACGCAUUGAGACCGCAAUCCGUGGUAAUUUCCUGUUCAAAAGCCUAGACGACGAGCAAUACCAAGACGUUGUGAACGCCAUGGCGGAAAAGCGCGUGGCAGCUGGGGAAGAAGUCAUUAAGCAAGGAGGCAUUGGGGACUACUUUUACGUCGUGGAGACUGGUGCCCUUGAUGUUUACGUGUCGCGCGGGGGGCAACAGCCAGUCAAGGUGGCAGACUACGGUCCGAAUGGCAGUUUUGGUGAACUGGCGCUCAUGUACAAUGCCCCUCGUGCUGCUACAGUUGUGGCUACCCAAGAUUGCGUUUUGUGGGCUUUGGAUCGCGUGACAUUCCGCCGGAUACUGAUGGAGAACACAUCGCGCAAGAGACGGAUGUACGAGUCCUUCUUGGAGGAGGUCCCCUUAUUGGUCUCGCUGGAGCCUUAUGAGCGUCAUAAGAUAGCGGACGCUUUGGAGAGUGUUAGCUACAAUGACGGGGACGUGGUGAUCAGACAGGGCGACGUCGGUGAUGCCUUCUACAUUAUUGAGGGUGGUGAAGCCAGAGUGGUGACUACAGAUGAGAAUGGUAUUGAACAUGAAAUGCCAGGCUUGAAGAAAGGGGACUAUUUUGGAGAAUUGGCACUGUUGAGUGAUAAGCCACGACGGGCGACUGUGAUCGCCAAGGGUCGAUUGAAGUGCGCGACUCUCGGAAAGAAGGCGUUUGUUCGCCUUCUCGGGCCAGUUGUGGAUAUCAUCAAACGCAAUGCUAGCAACUAUCUCACCUACUCAGAGAGAAUCUCGCUCGACUGAUGGGAAUGUGCAAAUGCGUAUGGGAAGUGCAUAGAGCAUUGUGGAGGCUUUCGCGCUUUAGCUAAUGGGGUGCAUUAUUCUAUCGCUCUUGCGUUUGAAGGCAGUGUCAAGAGAUUCAUGUAGCAAUAGAUGUUCUAUUUUAACAUUCCAAAAAAAAAGGUGCCAGAAUUCUGCAUUGCAGCCUUCCCACAGCAUUAACAGGGUUAGGGACUGAGUCUGCUUGUUUGGCCUUGUUUAUUGGGCCUCUUCUUCUUCCAAUUCUGGAUCCUCAUCAGCAACAGGGGCUUCGAUAGCGCGUUGGCGUUG